AGAGCACAGACGACAUGGACACACUGGAGCGAGCGCUGUUCUGCCUGGAACAAGGCUUUGAGCUGCAGUUCCGUCUGGGCCCGACGCUCCAGGGUAGAGAAGUCCGGGUGUACACCAACUACCCAACCAACGGCUACAAGUUCAACCGCCUGCAGUUCCAUCCACUGGACUGGGUUUACCCCAACAGCCAAAAGGAUGACUGCGAUAAGUACUGCAGGCUGGACCUGACGGUGGCCGGGUCCUACCAGUACUACUUCUCCUGUGGGGACAAGGAGAAGGUCAGUGGUGGGUACAUCGUGGUAGAUCCAGUACUGAGGGUCGGAGCCAGCAAUGACAUCCUGCCGCUGGACCGCAUCAGCAGCCAGACGUACCUGGCCAAAGGUCUCGGUCCAGUGGACACGUGGCUCAGCAGGAUCAGGGUUGCAAAGGAAACCGGAUACAACAUGAUCCACUUCACCCCCCUGCAGAGACUGGGCUCGUCUGGACUCUGUUACUCCAUCUCAGACCACCUGGAGCUGAACCCGGCCUUCUCAGCAGGGGCGAAGAGCUGCACCUGGGAGGACAUCGGACGCCUCGUGGAGACGCUGAGGAGGGACUGGAAUAUGAUUUGCAUCUCUGACGUGGUCUACGAUCACACAGCGGCUGACGGAGCCUGGAUCCUGCUGCACCCUGAAUGUGGCUACAACCUGGUGAACUCCCCGGAGCUGAGGCCGGCGUGGCUCCUGGACCGAGCCCUGUGGCACUUCAGCUGCCAGAUGGCUGAUGGGACGUUCUCCAAACAAGGACUACCAGCACUCAUUCAAGACGAGCGCCACAUGACCGCUCUGCGAGGCGUCCUGUGGCAGCAGGUCUUCUCCAGGCUCAGCCUCUGGGAGUUCGGGCAGGUGAAUGUGGACGAGGCUGUGGAUCAGUUCAGACAAGCUCUGCAGAAAGGUGCAGUCAGCGUCCGUCCUCCGGCUGGUUCCACAGAGCUGAAGACGCUCCAGGAUCCACAGUGCCGACGCUUUGGACGGACGGUGGACCUGGGUUCGGCCGUGCUCGCGUUCUCACCUCUCAGCUCCAAGCCAGCAGACAUCGAAGAGUCCUGCUGCCGCUUGAGGAAGAAACUGGAAGAACUGAACUGGGAAGAAUACAGGAAGAUGAGUCUCUGCACAGAGCAGGUGUUGGACAGCGUGCUGGAUCAGGUGCGUUCAGAGCGUCUUGCAGUGGACGGUCCCCGGCUGGCCGUGGUCUCCAGGGAGCGUCCCCUCUGUCCCAGGUACUUCACCUUCCCGUUCGGAGAGCUGAGCCUUGCUGAGGAGAAGCAGCUGCUGCAGACGGAGACGGCCGGCCGCAUCCUGGCUUACGACGCCUUCCUGAGGGGAGACCCGCUGCGGAGGUCCGCCGAACCCGACCCAGAGAAGCUGCUGCGACGACAGCUGGAGGUUCGAGGCAACGACGUGAAGCUGCGCUAUGGAGAGACGCCCGAGGACUGUCCCCAGCUGUGGGCCCGCAUGAGGGCCUACACCGAGCUCACUGCCAGGGUCUUCUCUGGCGUCUGCGUGGUCGACUGCUCCUCCACCCCUCUGCACGUGACGGAGGCGAUGCUUGCAGCAGCCAGAGCCCUCAGGCCUAACUUCUAUGUGAUGGCUGAGCUGCAGGCUGGCAGUCAGCUUACUGACUCUGUCUUUGUGAACCGCCUGGGGAUCACCAGCGUGGUGCGAGGUGUGGCUGACCGGCACAGUGAGGAGGACUGGCUCUCCUGCUUCGGUAAAGAGCCAAUCGGUGCCUUUGUCCAGCCCAGCCUUCGACCUCUGACCCCGGCUGCCGCUCACAGCAUGUUCAAGGACAUCAUCCCGGACUAUUCCAGACCCAUGAAGGACUGUUCCGUGUACAACAUCAUGGUGGACUCCACCCUGGGUUCUAUGGCGUGCUGCGCUACAGGCAGCACCAGAGGAUACGACGAGCUGCUGCUCCACCAGGACUCUGGGAGGAGAGAAGCUCUUCACUACGCCUGCUGGAGCAGUGAUGCCCCCAAAGAGAACCACACCCACCUGGGAACAGGGAUCCUGGCUGCAAGGCUGGCUCUGAACACCCUGCACCAGCAGCUCUCUGCUGAGGGCUUCACUCAGGUGGAUGUGAGGCAGCUGGGUGGAGACGUGAUCGUAGUGACCAGACACUGUCCCAGUUCCCACCAGUCUGUGGUUGCUGUGGUUCGGAGGGCUGACAGGAGUCCAGAGUUGCAGCACUGCAUUGAUGUUCCACCUAUCUCCAUCCCAGGCCGAAUCCAAGAGGUGCUGUUAGAAGCUGUGACCGUCGACCACAACGUUGGCACAGAGAACGGAUUCAGUAACUGGAAGAUAGAGAUUAGAGAGCACAUCCAGCUGCAGGACAGCAGAGUGGAGAUAAGAACGAUAAACCACCAGAGUUCUAAUCAAGAGAUUAACUUUGAGAAGUUACCUCCAGGUUAUGUGAUCAUCUUCAGGGUGGCUCUGGAUUCAAAGAUCCAACAGUGUGUGAAGGCUCUGAGACACCAGCUGGUUCAGUUCAGUCCUCAGUACCAGACUGAGAGUCUGCCUGAACAGAACCCCCCGUCUGUGCUGUCCCAGUCUCUGAGGACGAUCUUGUCCAGGCUGAGUCUGAUUGACAUGAACAUGCUGCUGUACCGCUGCGAUGCUGAGGAGAGGGAGGACGGACGAGGAUGCUACAGCGUCCCCUGCUGGUCCCCCCUCAUCUACGCAGGCCUGCAAGGGCUGAUGUCUGUGAUGGCAGAGAUUCGUCCUCACAAUGAUCUUCAUCAUCCGUUCUGUUUGAACCUGAGGCGAGGAGACUGGAUUCUGGACUACACCGUCAGCAGGCUGCUGGCCAAGGGGGGCCCUGUGGCGGAGGUGGGUCUCUGGUUCGAGGCCAUGUUUGGUUACCUGAAGCGUCUUCCUCGUGACCUGGUGCCGUCGUACUUUGACGCCAUUGUCCAGGGAGCCUACACCACUGCUCUCAACGCCGUGUUCUCCAGAAUGUCCAGCUUUGUGCAGACUGGCUCCAGCCUGGUCAAACAGCUGGCUCUGGGCUCGGUGCAGAUGUGUGGACCAGGUCACAGCUGGACUCAGCUCAACCUGUCCCCUGGCCUGAAGGUGGAGCUGCAGAGCUGCGUGUCCCUGGCAGCAGGGCUGCCUCACUUCAGCGUGGGGGUGUUUGGCUGCUGGAGCCGGGACACAUUCAUGUCCUUCAGAGGACUGCUGCUGCUGACGGGCCGACACGCCGAAGCCCGGAACCUCCUCCUGUUGAUGGCCAGCAGUCUGCGUUACGGUUUGAUUCCCAACCUGCUGAGCCGGGCCGGAGCGGCCCGCUACAACAGCAGAGACGCGGUGUGGUGGUGGCUGCAGUGCGUCCAGGAGUUCUGCACCCUGGUCCCUCAGGGCCUGUCCAUCCUCCGUUGUCCCGUCUCCAGAGUGUUCCCCACUGACCAAUCAGAGCCGCAGCCUGCCGGAGCCUGGGAGCAGCCUCUCUACGACGUGAUCCAGGAGGUCAUGCAGAGACACAUGCAGGGCAUCUGCUUCAGAGAGGACAACGCAGGACCGCGGCUGGACCCCAGCAUGGUGGACGAAGGAUUUAAUGUGGAGGCUGGAGUGGACCUCACCACCGGCUUCGUCUACGGAGGAAACCGCUUCAACUGUGGAACAUGGAUGGAUAAGAUGGGGGAAAGUGACAGAGCUCACAACAAAGGAGUUCCUGCUACUCCCAGGGACGGAUCUGCGGUGGAGAUCGUGGGUCUGAGUAAGUCUGCCGUUCGCUGGAUUGCCGAGCUCCACGGCGGCGGACUCUUCCCGUACCGGGCGGUCAGCGUGAGCAGAGGAGGAAAGACGUUCUCCGUGUCCUAUGAGGACUGGGAUCAGAAGAUCCAGGAACACUUUGAAAAACACUUCUACAUUUCCAACAGUCCAAAGGAGUGUGAGGACAAACAUCCAGAGCUGGUCCACAAAAGAGGCAUCUACAAGGACAGCUUCGGGGCCUCCAGCCCCUGGUGUGACUACCAGCUGAGACCCAACUUCACUGUGGCCAUGGUGGUGGCUCCAGAGCUCUUCCCGGUGCAGAAGGCCUGGCAGGCUCUGUCUGUGGCUGAAGAGAAGCUUCUGGGUUCUCUGGGGAUGAAGACGCUGGAUCCUGAUGAUCUGGUGUACCGUGGAGUCUACAACAACAACCUGGACAACGAGGACUUCAGCCAGGCGAAAGGCUUCAACUACCACCAGGGCCCAGAAUGGCUCUGGCCUCUGGGAUACUUCCUUCGAGCGAAGCUCUACUUUGCGAAGAAACUGGGGAAAGACAGAUAUGACUGCAGUGUAAACCUGGUGAAGAAGAUUCUGUCUCAUCACACCCUCCAUCUGCAGAGGUCUCCAUGGAAAGGUCUUCCCGAGCUGACCAAUGAGGGCGGCCGGGCCUGUCCCUUCAGCUGUGAGAGCCACGCCCCCGCCAUGGCGUCCCUGCUGGAACUUCUGUACGAGCUGUAAACUCCUCAUUAAAGAGUGA